AUGUCAGAGAAAAGUGACAUGAUGGAUGGCAUUGAGAUCCCCUUUAUGCGCACAAAACGGCAUCAUCCCUGCACAUCAUGCCGCAUGCGCGGUGAAGCAUGUAUCUACGCCAAUAAAGCGCCUGCGACGAGCCCAACGGCACAGGUACCUGCAUUGGGGACGCCUAGCCCGGAAGUCCCCAGUCUCAGCCGCCAAUCCUCCAGCUUUGCCAGCUCUCCACAGACUCCGUCUACGCCUCCUACGCUAGGUUCUAUCGAUGUGGGCGAUACCGAGCUCGCGCGUGCAUAUCUCGGCGAGGUCGUACCUUCUUUCGCGGAUGGCAACCAAUGGAUCUGGCAGGUCUUCGUUCCAUCUAUCGCCUACAGCUCCGGGACGGUCCGACAUGGCAUGCUUACCCUCGGCGCCGUGUACUUACACUUUGCAAGCGGAGAGUGUAACGACGACUACGCGACCAGAUAUAUCGAUGCCGCCAACGCGCACGGGAACCUAUUUGUGCGGCAAAGCAGGCUUCAGCUGUCCAGAAUGGACCCCACGGAGGUUGACUCGAACCUGGCAUGCACUAGACUGCUCUGCAUUAUCGCCUUUGCAUUCUUCCGACAACGUCGUCUGCAUGGCAUCCAGAUCACCAGUUCUGAUUCGUGGACCUGGGUACAUCUGGUCCAAGGCAUCAAGACCGUCCACGAAUCGUUCUCCGCCAUGGGACUGCAGGUAGACCCCAUGCUCGAGCGAGACAUAGUCCUCGACUCGGACAACACAAGCAACGUAGCCUGGAACCUAACGCAGCCGCUUACAGCCGUCAACGACUCGGCCCGUGUACUCGGCUACAUCACGAGAACGAAGGAAGCACGAUUCCUGGCCCUGCAAGUCGCGAUAGACUCAUACGCAAGCGCAACAAACGAUUAUGACCCGAUCUGCUGCGUCCGAGCUCUGCGCCUCUUGCAAGAAGUGACAGAUCUCAUCUGCAACCUGCAGGGCCCCAGCCUCUUCCGCCUGCUCCUCGCAUGGAUCGGCGGCUUACCCCAAGACUUCGUCAGCAUGGUGAAGAAUUGUCAUCCUCUUGCUCUAGCCAUCUACGCUCACUGGCUGAUGCUAGCCAUCCUCGCCGAAGAACAUUGGUGGGUAGGUGAUAUGGGCCGAAGCGGAAUCCAGUCUGUGCUGUCUGUUGUGGCGGAGAAGGAUGCCACAUUAUUACACCUGAUGCGGUGUCCGAGUGAGGUGUUGAAUGUGGCGGCUGGGUUGAUAGACUAA